AGCCUUGCAGAUGGCCCCCCUUCCCGGGGCAGAGCUGGUCCAGAGGCCUCUGCAGCUCUACCGAUACCUGCUGCGCUGUUGCCGACAGCUGCCCACCAAGGGCAUGCAGGAGCAUUACAAACAUGCUAUCAGGCAGAGUUUCCGGGUUCAUUCAGAUGAAGACAAUCCUGAGAGAAUCCAGCAGAUUAUUAAAAGAGCCAUUGAAGACGCCGACUGGAUUAUGAACAAAUAUAAAAAACAAAACUGAGACCCAAAGAGUGAAGCUGCCUUGAAGACGCUGAAGUUGAGAGACCUCCCUGGAACUGAUCAGCAGCAGGAGUUCUGAACUAUCCAUUGUCCUGAUGGUGGAGAGAGCAGAGAUUCAGGGGUAGGAGAAGCUGACAUUUGCUCAGACGGCUCUUCUCGGCAUGUUCGUGUCCCCAGUGACCUUUAUGUUUGCUUUUCCAGCUGGUUAUAUGUGAGAUUUGGAGAGAAUGUGUUUUUUCACUUUGCUCUGAAAGUUAUUCACUUAUUCUGGAUGCCAUUCUUUGAGACCUGGAGUGGGCAUCCCCUCGGACGGUGGCCUGUACGGAGGACAGGGCAUGGGUUUUAGAAACAGACAGAUCUGGAUUUGAAUCCCACCCAGGUCAGCAGCUUUUCAAGGGUGUUGACUUUGAGCUUGGUUUCCUCCCUUGUGAGGAUUAAAAAAGAUGAAGUUAAAGAGCCUAACACAGGACACGGUAUGCUGUGAUGCCAGUAAACGUCCUUCUGAAGAAGCCGUCCUUGCUCCCUCCUCUGCUCCCGCAGCCUCCACGCAUCUCUCUCUAACCCAUUCCGCCUGGGGUUGGUUGGUUUGUGGACUUGUCCUGUUCCUACUUGUCACCCGCCCCCCAUCCUUUCUCGGACCCCUAAGCCCUCACAGUCACACUGUGCCCAGCAGUCUGCCAAGCGCCCAUGCUCCGGACACUGUCCCUCCCUGCCCAGGAGCAGACGCCCUGGUCUUUGCCUUCAUGGAUCUUAACCUUCAUGGAGUUUGCGGAGACUGGAGGGGUGACGUGCAGCCUGCAUGAAACAAGGAGGAAGGCCAGAGCAGCUACAGUAGCACCCACGUGUUCAGGCUUCUUUGAACCUGAGAUCUCUUCCCUCCUUCACCACCGUCUCGGAAGGAAGGGCGGGAGGAAGUCAGCAAGCAGUCGUGUGGGUUUUCAUGAGCUUGAAGUCGGUGGAGAAAGACAGACCUGGGUUGCACUCCAGUUCCACUCAAGUUGUGCGUGGGUAACUUACCUUGCCUCUUUCAGCCUCGGUUUCCCCAUCUGUCCAAAGGAGUGAUGACCGUACCUACCUCAAGGGCCAUGGUGUCGAGGACUUAGAGAAGGCAGUCAGAAAGCUGCCCGGAAGGGGAUCAUUCUUCAGAGGGAUGACCAGACUCUGGUCCCACUGCUGGACAACAGUUGAUGAGGUCAGGUUUGCCCCACCAGGGUGAGGGCAAGCCCCACAGCUGAACCAGCUCCCUCCCCUCCCCUGUUGCUCAGCCCUGUGAAGUUAGGGGUGCACCCUUGGCCGACAGGAGUGGGGUUGGUUGUAUCCCUGGCCUCUCACAUAGUGAGAGGUGUGAGCAAAGGCUGGCCAGGGUCUGGGAGAAAGUGAGUGUCCCUUGCCUGUGACUGACUCCUGGGGGUGAUCCCAUGACCUUCCAUUCACUGGCAGUGCUGAUCCAGUUGCGCUGACUCACCCAGGGGGCAGAAGUGGGCACCCAGCUCCAGCUCCUGUGAGGGGCUGGUCCGUGAGGGCACUGGUAGGGGGAUGGGUUGGUUAACAGCGUUUUGGCAGCUCUCCACCAGCCCCAGUGUUGCCAGAGGGGAUAGUGAGCAUGGUCAUCUGAGGGCUUGCACUCAGGGCAGAGAGGUGGUUGGAGUCAAGAAGGGGAAGCACUGCGUAAAGCAUGGGGGAGCCUCUUUCAUCCUCAGCAGCCUUCCUGUGCUCCGUUCUCAGACUUCACCCUCCAAACCCUGCAUCUGUGUGGAUGGGUGGUUAGGCCUUAAGUCACCCAGGGUCGUGGCUCUUAAAUGCAUAUAGUUGAAGGCUUACAGAAUCGCCUCCAGGCCAACAGAAGGGGAUGAUGGCUUGUUCACCCACAGUCAUCUGAGUUUAGAUCCCAGCCCUGUCACUUAGUAGUGGUGUGACUUUGGGUGAGUUCCUUAACCUGUCAUCUGCACUUUCCUUACCUGCAGCCAGAUACGUGCACCACGGGGUGCUGAGACUAAGGCAGUGAGCACAGACAGGCACCCAGGUGACCGACCUCCUGCCCCCUGUCAUUGGUUUACCUGCUCAUGAGCCCUCUCCUUAGCUGGGCCUCUCGCUCCCUAGUGUCCACUGUCCAACCACAGUGCCAGCAGAAAAGCAUCUGAUAUCUGUUGUUUACACCUUAGCUGAUGUUUUCUCAUGCCUUACUGUAAGCAUGUUCAUGAUAAAAGGUCUGUUGUGCAAUGAAAGACGGCUGCUAUCAAAGGGCAUCAGGCCUCCUUGGGAGAACUGUCACAUCUGGAGGCUGAUUCCUGGGGCAAUGUCAUCUUGAGUCCUGUGGCCACCAGUUGCUCCCUGGGUCAGAGCCUGCCCUGCCCUGCACGGGCUCUUUUCCUUCCUCUGUGCCCACUCCCAUCUUAAUUGAGUACUUGGUCUCUGCAUAGCCCUGUGCUAGGCAGGAAGGAACUCACCGUCCAAGGGACAGACAGAUGUGGGUAUCUCGAAGGCUAAGCAAAUGUGGCUUGUAGAAUGUUAUCCUAAUGCAGAUUUUCCCCCUCCCAUUAUUUCUUUGUAUUUUUUCCCCCUGGAGGUUUUUAUUCUUCCCCUGUCCCUGGGUGAAAACUAGCAUAGGCCUCAAAAAUUUCGGCCCCACUGAUCCCUUAUGUGAAGGAAGCGGCAGGAGUUACCUUCUCCAUUGUAUAGUGAGGGAAACUGAGGCACAAAGAGGCUUGAGAUGGGGCAGUAUGUGGCAAACCCAGGAAGAGCAUCCCUGUGCUGUUUCCAAGUUCAUCAUCUCAUCACCAGAAAACCAGGAAGAUUCUCGGGGAGGUGGGUGGGUGGUGGGGAAGAUUCACUCAGCACCUGUUACGUUCACAGUGUCAACCGCUUUCUGCGCGAUAGUUCAUGUGAUUGAAUCUUCACAAAGCCCUGUUUUAUGAUUCUUAUUGAUGAAAAUGAAACUCAGAGAGGCUAAACAAGUUGCCCAGAGUCACACAGUAGCAGGUGUGGGAUUCAAACCCUGUCUAGCUCCAAAGCCCACGUUUUUCCUCCCACACCACUACCCGUUUUCAGGGCUCUCACCGCGAGUGCCUGUGGCUGCGUUAGGCUCUACACGUAAUUGUUUAGAUUUAGGUUCUGGCCUCAGGUCUUUCAAUUUAAGAUGAAAACCACUUCUUUCUAAGCCUCUAACUUGCUUUAUUGAGUAUAUGAUUCUGAGUUUUUCAUUAUCCAGUUGCCAUUGUAAUUAAUGUAUCCCCACAUAACCCUUGCUGACAGGAAUCUGGCUGCAUUGUGGGCCAAAACGCGUCCCCUGCAACUUAACAAUGACCCUUCGAGGCCUCCUAUCCCAGGCUCCCUCUCCCUCCUACUCUCUCCAGCUGCAUCAUGUUACUGCCCAAGCAGAUCCAGUGCUUUGUGCCCCAGUCCCAGCCUUUGUUUGUGCUGUUCCCUUGCCCAUAUGCCCUCCCCUCGGUCCAUCUGCCAAACUCCUCACCCCUCUCUCAAGACUCUCUCACGUCUCCUUUGUAAAGCCUUUUUUGACCUCUAUCCACAAGUAACACUGAUCUCUUCCUAAGAAUUCUACCAUCUCUAGAACUUAUUCAAUAUCCAUCCUUUCUGCACAUACUUAGUGGGCACUCGAUAUGGAGCUAGGUGCUUGGUAUAUAUCUCAGAUUCUGGCAGCGACCAUGUGAGGAGGUGUCAUUGUUUCCAUUUACUGAUGAGGACAUGGCUCAGAGAAGUGAAGCACUGACUGACUGAUCCAGGCUCUCACAGACAGUUAAUGGUAGAGCCAGGAUUGAUGUGGGUCUUGGUGAUCCCAACACUGAGUAAAGUUUUGCUGGAUUGAAGUGGAUUACUCAGGGAGGUGGCGGCUGUGCAUUCUCAGUAGCCCUCUCAUAGACGGGGCUUGGAGUAGCAGUCUGGUGGGAGGGGAGCAGCUGGGAGAUGGUCUGGAGCUGCAUUUGGGCAGCAGUCAUACUGCUUUUGAUGGACUGCAUGUUUAUAUAAGGUGGCUUUAGGGCGGCUUGAUGGAGAUGAUGGGGGGUAAAACCCCUCACACACCACUGUGGAUGGAGUCAAGGAAAUGGUGGGGUUAGAGGGCUGGACCAGGAAAGCAGAAGACAGAAUUGCAGUUGUAGGAUGUCCUGUGUCCAUAUCAGGAUGACCAGUCACCCAACUUCGUCAUUCCUGAGUCAGACCAAAGGGGACGUUUCAUAGUGAGCGGAGGAGGCUGUCCAUUCCCCAGAGGAAUCUCCAAUCUAAACGGAUGUGAGAAAAGAACUUUUGUGGCUACUACUGAUAAACCAUUAAAAAAGCUCUCAUUAAACAGCA